AUGGACGUGGAAUCUGGCGAUCUGUCUUCUGAAGGUGAAUGGGUCUUACAGAUACUACCAGCAAUGGCCAUAGCGGGAGAUGAUAAUAUUUGCUUGCCUGAUCAACCAACUCUUUCAGGAGACCGUCCGGGAUGGUCAGCCAACGUCGUAUACAACAGGACUGUCCUUACGAAAACCCACCCAAAUGCCUCCAAUAGGCCUCCUUCUACGUUCCGCCGCCGUACCAUCUUGUGGAACGAGCGCUUGUGCGUUGAUCUGGUCAUGUUCUUCGACGCGUGGUUUACCAGACACCAGGAGCUCGUCAACAAGUCAUCCGCAUUCCUGGUGAAGGCCACCUACUUUGCCAACUUUGCUGACGUCUUGCGACAAUACCCACGACUCGAUGGGUUCGUUCAAAUCAUGGAGAUGAAGGGCCAAUACACUCACCUUUGUCAAGUAUGGAAAACCCUUACAGAGCAAAUCAAAGUAUCAGCGGGUGAUCCAAUGCCCGAUGACUUGAUGUAUCACGUCUCGACGGGUGGCAUGAGCCCUCUAGUUUAUGCCUUGCUCAAGGAUGCCAUUGGCAAACAUCGACACAUACAAACUCCGUUCAUAAUUAAGGACUCCCCUGAGGACGAAAUCUCAAAAACCACAGAAGAAUGCGCAUCAUUCUUGGUUGAAGGACUUCAGGCCGAAUUAACAGCUUGCGAGUGCAAUUCAGACGUUGACUAG